AUGUUUACGCCCCCUGCCUCCCCCGCUCCUAAACGUAUCCGGCGUGAACCUCAGACCGCACACCCAAGAGAUCCAUCACCAGCGACUCCAUCCAGCUCUUCUUCGCUCUCACCUUCGCCCGCCAGCACGCCCCCCUUCACGCCCGGUUCAUCACCAGCCCAACCGAAGCAGCUCUCCGGCGAAGAGCUGUACCACCUUCCCGCCGCAUCGAAGCGUCGCACAGGCCAUCGCACGCGAUGGACUAUCCUUCUUGUACCCGUUGUUCUCGUGCUCGUGACAGUAUCCACGCGUUACCUGUCUCACCCCACAGCGUUCGAUGCGCUCUCGCCCGAUCAGUCUUCGCAAGACUGGACGACUUGGGCGGCGACGAUAUCGAAUUGGCAGCCACACAAGCGACACCCAGAACCUGACUUCCAAGCACCUGCCGAGACGGAAUCGUUGUCGUUCUCCAUCUCGUCCGCUCUGGCUAUGUCGCCAUCCUCCACAGGUUCGUCUGCGACUGCGUCGCCAUCCUCGUCCGCAUCCCAUAGCCCCGUAUAUCCGACUAUCCCCGUGGUUCCCCCAGUACUCCCCACGCCAUUUCCACAGCCGUUGGAUACUACGCUCUCGCAGAAUUUCUCUACAGAAAGUUGCCAGGAAUUCUUCGUCAAUAUGACACAGACGGAGACUUUCCGCGAGUGUAGGUCCUUUGGAAUGCUCCUGCAGAGCUCUUCGGCGUUCAUUCAGGCCCAGUCGAACAUUACCCUACUGAAUACAAUUGUAUGGGGCACCUGCAAUACGGACGUCAGCGAGGACCAGUGCACGGCAAACAUAGACUGGUUUGCGGAGACGAUGCAGGCGUCCUGCGCGACAGAGCUCAAGCUCAACAACGUCAUGGCGACGACCACAUUGCAAGGCCUUCAGUCGUACGCAAUGAUGCGGAGGGCGGGAUGCCUGUCGAACUCGACGACAGAUACAUAUUGCUACAUCGACGCCGUAGCAGGCGGAAACGCGGCGAACAUGUAUCUUUACUUGCUGCCACAAGGCUCCCCGCUCCCGAACUCGUCCGUCCCGAGCUGCACACGAUGCACGCAGAUGCUGAUGGGGGAAUAUGUCUCUUAUAUUGGGAACGUGACGGGCCUGGAGGAGACGUACGAGCAUGCGGCGGAGAUCGUGAACGCGGUGUGCGGGCAGGGUUUUGUGCAGGAGGUUGCGACUGUGACGAACAAGAACGCUGCUACGCCUGUUUGGAGUGCUACCCUGUGGACGAUUAUGGCGCUGUUGGUGGCGAUGACUGGAACGCUCGCUUCAUGA